AACCUCAUAUGUACACAUAGUCAUACAAGGGUUUGCAGUUUCAGAAUGUUCAGAGUCAAAAUCCAGAGUUUCUUUUUUGAACGAACCAAAAAUCCAGAGUUUCUUUCUCGCACAAAAAAAGGUUCCUUUCCUCCAGAAAAAGUAAAAAAAAAAAGCAAAGUUGCAACAUUGCAAUAGUUUCCUCGGUGAACCUGCACCCUUUUCACGGUCAGUUCAUCCUACAAUUUUUCAGUGAACUGAACCGGUCCCUACUAAGAGCACCACAUUCAGAAGUGGUUCCCAGUCCAUGUCCACAUACUCUUCCAGAAUGAUUGGUUAGCUUCCAAGGCAUCCAACCAUAAAUACCCAUCCAUGUUCUCAUGCUCCAUCCCAUUCCCAUGCCUUGCCCAAACUGCAACUCCUACACACUCAAAGUGAGAAUCAUAUAUGUAUAUAUGCAUAUAUAAUAUCUAUUUGCAUCUCAUCUCUUGCACACACCACGAGUCAGAUCCGUUUAUCCUGCUUCUUUGCCUAGUAUCAACCCUAAUGGUCCACUCAGCCACUCAAUUGUAUAAAAUUUCCUUCUGAGUCAACUAGUCCUCUCUCUCUCUCUCUCUCUCUCUCUCUCUCUCUCUCUCUCCCUCUCUCCCUCUCUUUCUCUCUCUAGCUCACUUCUCCUGUGAGAUCAUCUCAUGUUUGACCUUGCAUAGUAGCCGUCCAAGGUACGGAGCACACAGAGGCAUGAGGUUUCGCAGAGGCAAGAGCUCCAACAAGGCCAAGAAGGGCUCCGCUGCUCCAUGGCAGAAUGGAGAGAGGAAGGUCAUUGAUGGAGGAGGAGCUGGCUCCAACAGCAGGCAGGUGGUGCCAGAUACCGGCUUCGGAGAUAUCGAUGGAGGUAGCAGCAGAGAUGAAACGUUCUUUGAAGCCACCCCUUGGUUGGAAUCGGAUUGCGAGGAUGAUUUCUACAGCGUCAAUGGAGAUCUGACCCCUGCAAGAUCGUUCUCGUCGCAAACCAGCCGGAUCGCGCCAUACGCAGCUAACAAGAACCUGCCGACGCUGGGGGCGAUCUUGAAGGCGGAGCCCCUGAAGCCACCCGCCCCGCAGAUGAGGAAGCUCGGCGACCUGCUGCGGGAGCCGCAAGACGACGGCGACGGCCCCGGCGACCUCUCCAGGGCCGACUCGCUGCGCCUCGCCGAGGAGGCCAACCGGUGCUGCGUGCCGCAGUUCGCGCGGGCCAUCAGCUGCAGCGGGAGGAGGAGCAGGGGCUAGGUUAAGUGAUCGACGGCCAUGGUGGUGGUGGACUGGUGGCCGUUGGAUGUGGAUGGCGAUGGAAUGGCAGAGCCUGGGUUUACCAAAGCAGAGUUUCUUUUGGACUCUUGGGAAUUGCAGCUUUCACUUUGUUCUAUGCCUCAUGGAACAGCUGCGAGAAAAAAAUUGGAAAUCUAAAAUGUGUAUAUAAACGAUAUAGCACUGUAUUGAAACUGUCAAAAAUGGCAGUAGAGAACAAAGUGAUAUAGCACUGUAUUGAGCCUGGGUUUAUUGAAGGGAAGCAUGAAGGAUUUGAUGACUUCCCUGCGAAUUGCUAUUUGCUACAGAGAACUCCCCGUUGGGCCAGAGAAUCAGUUCUGUGAAGAA